AUGGAGUUGUCGGGGGGUCCCGUGGGAAGGAAGGCCGGGGUGAUAUCGAGGAUCCGCCUGGAGAACUUCAUGUGCCACAGUAGCCUCCAGAGUGAGUUCGGUGACUGCGUCAAUUUCAUCACUGGGCAGAACGGAAGUAAGAGCUAUCCUCCGGCAACUCUGCCCUUCUCUAUAUUUCUCAUAAUUAUUUCUUGCAUUAUUUUGCUUUCUCGCCAUAUUUUUCUGUUCUCAAUAUACUAGGUGGAAAGAGCGCUAUCUUGACGGCGCUAUGCGUGGCGUUUGGAUGCCGUGCCAAGGGCACUCAGAGGGCGUCCAGUGUAAAGGAUUUUAUAAAGACUGGCUGCAGGUAGCAUGAUGUGUAUAGUCGUUAAUACAUGAAAAUUUUAUCAGUCGACGUAUUGCUGGUAAUUUAUGUCCGAUUGUCACGCUUAUAGUUCUCUUUGAUCACCUAUUAUCUCGUGAACUUUGGCUACUGUGGUUUCAGUGGCUGCCGCCACUCCUGCUGCUGUUUAACUCCUUGGAGAAUUAUGCUGCCUAGCGGGCCUCAGAUUCUCAGUUCAAAACAUUGAAUUUGAAUUUUUAAAUUUUGUAUUCAUACUUCCGUGAGGCAUAUAGAUGUUGUAUCCGCAUUUAAUGGUAAUAUGCCUAUCACGAAGUCCCCAAAUUUUUUACCAUCGCAAAUUCAAGGUAGAGACUAUAAAAUUGGAACAUGGGCAUGGACCCAAACCAAAAGCCCCAUGCCAACCAAGCUUGAAUUGUUGAGUCGUCGGGAGAAAUGCUUCAUCACUGGGGCCCAAAUGCCUUAAAUGCCCCCGCUCUCUGUAUGUCACUUCUCAUACCAUUAAGAUCACCUCCAAGUUCAAUCUUAAAGUGGAAUGGAAGAAAAGCUGGUCUUUUUUCUAGUGUGUGUAAAAUGCCUUUCUCUGGUCCAUCUUGCUGCACAUGAAUGGGGGCAAAACAGAAGCACAUCUCCUGACUAAGAAUAAUAUCCUAAAUGCCAGAAAAUACUGAAAGACAUGUUAAAAUGGAAAUCGGAAAUCCUUAUGACUCAGAGUGAACAAAUGUAUAUCUCGUGGGUAGAAGUCCCCCUCAGUAGAUUAGGAAAGAUAUUAUUGGAGGUUUAAGAAGGGCUCAUGCUACUUACACCGCCUGCAUCUGGUCCUUGGAAGCUAACUGAGCCAUAAGACAUUGAGUGUGAUACAAAAUUUCACAGGGGCUGAUGAAAUUAGAAGUGUGUUUUUUCAACCACGUAAAUGUGUUUGGUGUAAACGAAUGUCCUGUCCUUUAUAUCUUCUCCACAGCUAUGCUUCAGUUAUUGUGGAAAUCAAGAAUCACGGAUGUGAUGCCUUCAAGCCAGAAACAUAUGGCGAUUUAAUAAUCGUGGAACGGAGGAUCACCGAGUCAACUAGCUCUACAAUUUUGAAGGACUAUAAAGGUUCUCCAAGUACUCUUUUAAAUUUAUGUGCAUUUCAGUUGCAGCCCAUUUAUGUUCUUUUUUUUUUUUUCAUUGGUUUGACAUUCUUUUCAUUCAUAUAACUUAUCUUGUCUUCGAUAAAUAAAAUCACAUGGCAUUAGCCUGAUCAAUAUGAUAAAUUAUCUUCCGAGUAAGUCAAGUACUGCCGUCUAUUAGUUUUAUGGUACUCCUAUCCCGUAUUGAAAGUUUUUUAUACAAAAUAUUUGUUACCUUGCGCAUGGUGAUAAUUACAGUAGUUUAUGUACUUGUUGAAACCAUACACUACUUUAUAAACUUUUUGCUGAUAUGGAUAGUUAUUUUAACUUUUCAUUUGUGUCUGCCACGUCAUACUGCGAGUUUAUAUUCUUGUGCUGUUUCUUUUCGUUAUUGCUGCAUGGUUAUUGCGAUCAUUUACUUCCACAAGCUUUAGUUUUGAAUGUCAUUUGGAUCGUUCAUUCGGGCUUUAGUGCUACAUUAUCUUGUUUUGAUGUCCCUGGGAUCUCUGUUGUAAUUCGCAUUAUCAUGAGAAUUUAUCUUUUAUAACUCAAUUGGUAAUUGGCAGAUUUGGCGGUUAUUAGGAAUUGAAGUACUUCCAGUAAGGUGAUCUGUACUCAGCAGAAUUACUGGUCGCAGAUUCUUGCUACGAGAUACUAAAAUAGCAUGUAGUUGCUAAUUACGGUAGAUCAUUUAAGAAGACCUGCGGCAGCUCCAAUAGGGUUUUAUUUUUUAGAUUUCGGAGGCCAUGGUCUAAAGGAUAUGUGGUGUGGAUCAGAAUCAGUACCAGCUUGGGAAAAUUCUAUUUUCUGGUGAAUUUUCAGUAUACCAGGUUAUCCCUUCAUGGUAGUUAUCUUUGGAAAGUAGACCGUAUUUCUCUGCUUGGUUUCGUAAUCUUUUUAAUUUAGAUGGCGAGUAGAAUGCGAGAUGGAGUAGCUACUUUGUGACUCAUUAUUGAUUUCAGAAAUCAGAUUCACAAUAUGCAGAUUGCUCAUCUUUGGUAAGCCGAUGAUAUUAUGUUAAUGAGGGACAGUAACAAUUUAUGCUCUGAAAUGAGUUCUGUUUUAGUCAUGGAGAUGGAUCAGAUGUGCUCAAUGGAGCUUCUCUGUUAUUGUGGUGUGGUACUGGGACAACAUUGUCUGGAGUUCCAGUGGAGUACAGAUGAACGGAAAAAUUAGAUUUUCAUACAGGGUGCGCCAAUUUUUCUUUUGUAGUUAGCACUUGUCUGUUUCUUGAUUGCACUUAACUUCCUUAGAUACGGAUAACAUAUACAUAUAUAUUAAAUUAGAACAUACAAUUCAAAAUCAGAAAUCGUUUAGUUUGAAACCAGUCAUUGCUACCUUGUAAAGGGGUUGGACAAGUUUCUUUUUAAUCCAUGGUAACUUCUUUCCAUCUUUCUGGUCUGCUGGUUGGUUAAUGUGAUUUUUUCAAAAAAAUGUUUCUUAUAUGACGAAUGUGUAUUUUUGGUAUUUAGUUGCUUGCUUUAGGUACUAUGAUACACUUGUAGCUGGUUUUAGUUAUUUAGCUUAGCUUGUUUAAGUCAUUAUCUUGGUGUAUCUUCUGAAUGUUGCUACCAGGGAAAAAAGUUGCUCAACGGAAAAACGAGCUGCGUGAACUUGUCGGAACAUUUUAACGUGAGUGUUUUAUAUGUUGUUCAUUCAGUCUAGUCACAAUUGCUUAAUAUAUUUAUAUUUGGGUCUUCAUGUUGUUUCUGCCAACAAUCUACAUUGGCAUAACAGUUUUGUGAAUAUAGUCUACGAUGUAUCCCUUGUUCCACUGACUAUUUAGAGACAGAAGGUGAUUUGGAAGUGGGAAACUUAGCAUGUACUAAAUGAAUCACAAAUUGUGUGCGAGGCAGUCUCAAAAAAAUAAUGCUUCGAAUGAGGUUAAAACCCCCAAAUAUAACAUUUCCUUUGGUCCAGUUGCAUGGCAAUGAUACCCAACAAUGUUUCUCAACAGUUCUUCUAUAGUACUCCUCGAAGUUAAUUUUAGACUGCAUAUUGAAUGAUCGUUUCAUUGAGAGAAACAUUUUUUUUUUGCAUUUGUAAAAAUGUCAUAGUAUUUACUGAGCAAUUCCAGACCACAGUCCAUUUUUUGUUUCUUGGUUGGAGCUGAUUACCUUAUCUUCUUGAGCUCACAAUACGAGUUAAAUUUCACUUUGCAAUACAUUGUAAGGGUUCUCAUAAUAUUAUGACAAGCACCUCUAAGGUGGCUUGGCUCACCUAGGCUACCGAACCCCUUGCCUCAGGUUGGCAAGUCUGAUUGAAGUUUCAUUUUCAAGAAGGCGGCCCUAGUAAAUGAGUAUACCAUGUUACUAAAGCAGCAGUUCUUGCUUGCUGUAAUACGAAUGCAUUUUACCAUCAUCUUUACUUUAGUACUGAAUAUGCUUAGUUUUAUGUGCCAUUAAUGCAAGGAGGCGGCUCCUGUCAACGUUGUUUGUGUAAGAAGAAGGGAAAUGUGUGUCACACAUUUGCAAUAUGUUGAUGGCACUCAUUUCUUUGUCUGAAGGCAGAUCAAGAAACUCGUUUUGCUACCAGAAAGGCCUUGGUAUUCAUAAUCAACGCUUCAAUGUUUGAGGGAGUGAGAAUACCAAGAGAUGAUAUAGACGAGAUCAAAAUGUUCAAGGCCUUCAUGUAGUUCAAAUUUUCCAUUAAAUGUCUAGAAUGUCAAUAUUGCUGAACUUGAAGUUUUUUCCUGAUAUUCGUAGUUUGCAAGAAAUUUACUUUGUCCGGCGGAGGGUGAGAUCUUUUUUUUUUUUUUGUCUUUCCUAUUUGCACCCUGGCGUUCAUUGGAUCCCUUUGUUGCAGAAAAUAUUUAUUUUAUUUGAAAUUUGAAGAUCAAUUUUCUGCCAGAUAUAUAAAUUAUCUAGAGUGUAUCUCAAGGUGGUCUUUGAUUCCACUGUGCAGUUUAUUUCUAUCCACUUCCAGAAAACAAAAUUGCACUUUUUGUCCUUCUGAUUUUAUUUCUUUCCUAUUUUCAGAUUGCACAUUUGAUAUAUCAAUUGUUUCAUUGUAUACUCACAUGUGACCAUCUUAUAGAUUGAUGUGGAAAAUCCAUGUGUAAUUAUGAGCCAAGACAAGAGUAGAGAAUUUCUUCAUUCUGGGAGUGAAAAGGAGAAAUUUAAGGUGAGUUGUCGUCAUUUUACUCCCUGAUAACAUUUUGAUGUUUGAAAACAUGUGGUUGUGAUUAUUUUUUCAACUCCUAGGGAGAUUUCUCCGAUCAGUAUUUAUGAAGAUAGUCGUAGAUUAAUUUAAUUGGUAAGGAGAAUGCUUGUGCAAUAGCAUUAUUUAUGGAUCUUGGGAGUCUGCCAUUUCUUUCGGUUGGCUGACAGUUGACUGUUCUUUUCUUUUGGAAUAUGCGAUUCAUAUGCGUUGAUAUAUAUCAUUCACUUGUGUGAUUUCAUAUGCGUUGAUAUGCGAUUCAUAUGCGUUGAUUCAUAUGCCAUUUCUCCAUUCACUUGUGUGAUUGGCAUCCAUUAAUGGCAGAUUGAAUGGUAGUAGUCGGGAGAUGUGGCUCAUUAACAGAUUAUUGUAUGCUAGGAGCCAUGUUUUUACUCUAUAAUAGAAUAAUUUUAUGAACUUAUUUAGUAUCUGUUUAUUUUUAACAAAUGGCAUUUUGUCUCCACAGUUUUUUUUCAAGGCUACACUUCUUCAGCAAGUUAGUGAACUGUUACAGCACAUUAAGAGUCAACUGGAUGCUGCAACUUCUGUGGUUGAUGAACUUGAAUCGUCAAUAAGGCCUGUACAAAAAGAGCUUAAUGAAUUGCUAGAUAAGAUUAAGAACAUGGAGCAUAUUGAAGAAAUAGAUAAACAGAGGCAAAUUUUAAUAAAGAAACUGGCGUGGUCUUUGGUGUAUGAUGUGGAUAGGCAGAUUCAGGAACAAAAUGGCAGGUUGGAAAGGCUGAAGGAUCGUGUUCCUGCAUGCCAAGCAAAAAUUGAUCGACAGCUGGUGAGGAACGUUUCCAAUCUAAAAUCAUUGUUUUCCUCCCCUUCAAUCAUACUGCUAAUUUACCUUAUAUUGUUCAUGUACUAACUGGUUUUUACCUUCACGUCUUUACUUUUUUCUUUUUUACAUGCAUACGUUUAUCUGUUAUUUAGUUUCAAAUUUCUCGUUUUAUAUUUUCAAGAGUAGGCCCUCUUGUCUUUGUCUUUCAUUAAUUGUUUCUCAUGUAGCCGUCAUGAGACUUUCUGGAUUUCUUUUACUAGGCUUGAUGUGCCAUUUGAUUUGUAACGUAAGAAAUAACUGAUUGCUACUAUGAAAACGACUGACUAAACCCGGUUGUAGCUAUAAAUAUGUAAGUCUAAUUGAUUGACAUUUGGAUAAGCGCCUGCAACUUUAAGAAUAAUUGAUUGGAAUGGGAUUGCUUUGGCAAUGUUCAGCAAAUCAGUCAAAUUAUUUUGUCUGUCGUUGUUGUUGUAUUUCUCAACUAUUUCUCAUCCAGUAAUCAUCUGCUGCUACAGUUCAUGAAUUUUAUUUUCAUACAGGUUGCCAUGUCUAGCACAUCAGCGAAAGAAGUCGCUAUAUUUCUGAUGUUAAUCUCCAUUCACACAAUCCAAUAGGUCCAGAAAGAAAAGUUCACAAGUAUUAUUCUUAUGUUAUUGUUGGCCUCAAAGUCCGGAUAUUUUGCUUAUCAGAAUGAUCUUGAAAACAGGAAAUUAUCAUUCCUAUCAUGCCAUUGUUCAAAAUGUAGGGGAACAAGCAAAUAAUUACUCCCGUUCCUCUGCUCCCAGUUUAAACAAGAGAUACUUUUAUUGGGUUGGGCAUUCCACUUUCAAUAUUGCAUUGGAUGGUAAAUGUUGAUUUUAUUCUAGUUCCUUCGUUUCUUGAAGAACAACAGACCUUCUUGCGGAAGGAAAAAUGAAACUUCUAUUCAACUCACAAGGGAAAAAAUGUCCAUCAAUCUUAUUUACAUCAAGACGGGGGUCUGUUAUUUAUAACAGAUAUAUGGGGGAAGGUUCUAGACAGCCUUAUAUCCCGUAACAAACAUGUGAUGUUCACGUGCUUCUUUAAGUGAAGCACGUGAUACACUCUGCCUCAACAGCUGACAGUAUUUACACAGUAUUUCAACAGUGAGAGGGUUGCUAUUUAGAGGGACUUUAUUUUAGUUGCGCAAUUUGGUAAGGAUUGAGGUGUCUCUGUCGGACAAUGUAGGAGAUCUCUUGGUGAUAGUGUGGCCACUGUGUGACAGAGAGUGUAUGGCUAGAUAAGAGGGGCAAGACUGGUGAGAAUGCUCCACUUAAGAUGAGUGUAAACCCUGAAAUUUACUUGUUGAUGAUGUAAAUGAGACGCAAACUUUGAAGUAAUGAAAAGGUAGUGCAAUUUUGCUUUGAAACAGGGGGGGAGAAAUGCCUUUUUUUCUUAUUGUUCAAAAUAGCACACUUGAAGUUCCAAGGAGGCUUUCAGAACUUUGAGGAUGCUUUUAUAUUUCGAGGAUUUGAAUGAUGGUUUUCAUCUCAGUUGCAUUUCCAACCAUUAAAGUCAGGUUAGACCAACUUGAGUGUGGUUGUUAAUGACUGACACCAUCUCAUGACCGAAGUGAUAUCGAAGUUUGCGCCCAAAAUCUCUUAAAAAAUUUUAACCAUAAACUAGCUAUCUUCAGAGGAUUCAAACGAUUUCAAACUGAUCUGAAUCAUUUGAUGAAUCUUGGUUAGGACAACCACAGCUAGAUUUUAAAAUCAUUGUGGACUUCCUAUUGAGAAGUUCUCAGGAACCACACCUGAGUAAAUGUUCUACUGGGGAACUUUUUAGUGAAACCGUAAACUUAUCUGAUGAGCCUAGUCUGUUAUUCUAAUGAAGAAGAUGCUGAUAUGAUUUUCCAUGAAACCAUAAUGGCUUCACUUAAGUACAACGAGGUCACCCCCAAAGCGUUUUCAAUUAAGUGCUGCUGUGAUGUAAGUUUCCACGUGAAUGUUGUGGAGGAACUUGAACCAGAAUACUUUCCCAAAAUUGUAUGCCACUUUGUUUUCCUACAGCUACUGAGAAUGCAAUCCUUCAAGAAACUCAAGGUCAUCACUGGCUUCAAACAUUUUUCACGAAGAAGGCCUUUCUUAUUUGCUUUUAAUGUUGUUAGGUGUCCUGGAAUAGUCUUACUGUCUUUCUUGACCUCGAAAAUAUUAUACCCCCAUAUUCCUUUUGAUAGUACCCCAUAUUCUUUUUCUGUGUAAUUUGUGAAUCCCUGGUACUGUCCACUUGAAAGAUAUUAGUAUAGUGACGUGAUGUCUGUUUUGACCCUCCAUCUUGCUAUAUUGAUAUAGCUAGUCUGGUUAUUUUUGAUAAUAUUUGCGUAUUUUUGGCUUCCAUAUAUUGGUAACUUUUUCCUUUUUUUGUCCUUAAUCGAUGUGAUAUUUAUUGUACAGGUUAAACUAGAGGAAAUGAAGGAUCUUCUUCACAAGAAAAAAUCUGAGAUUUCUUCUUUGAUGCAAAAGACCUCCGAAGUUCGUAGAAUGCAGGAUGAACUGCAAGAAAAUUUGUCGGUUGUAUGUGUCAUAGCUUUCAUUAAUGAACAUCUAGUUCUAUUCGGAUUUAAUUUUAUCUUCUGUUGUUUCAAUAUUCAUAUGUACUACAAAAAAUAAUUGAUAUCUCUUUGAUGGAAGAUUGGUGAAAGAACAAAGAGGGGAACGUGAACGAUGGUGAGUGUCAAAGAAGUAGUUAGUGAAGAUCGGGCUGUACUAAUAGAGUGGGAGGAAUGCUAGUUACCUUAAUCGAACUGAAAGUUAGAUGACGAGAUGCGUUAGUGUGGGAGAUGAAGAUCAAAUAGAAAUGGAGAUGCCGUGGAUCGUGUGGUUUUACAUCACUUAUUCCUAUGACAUGGAAGAGGAGAGAUUAUUGUUAUUUUCUUUUAUCAAUUAUUGUUUUGUUUUGUUCUCUAAAAAGAUGUGGGGAGUCAUGGACAUUGAUAGUUCCGAUGGUGCUUCACGAACUACAUUAGAUGUCCGAUGCAUAAGUGUCACAGUUGUGUGGCAUCAAAAGUGUCGGACUCUUACAAUGGAGUUAAACUACUUCAGAACAAAAGGGCCGAGGUUUUUGCAGAUUUUCUUGGGGAAAAUGGAGCCGAUGAAAACUGUUCAGUAAACUGCAUGAUUGUACAUGAAUCUCUCUUGGUGAUAAAUAUGUUAGUAGAUGGAAACAAUUGCAAAUAAACAUUGGCAAACCUGAGAUCUUAUCGAGGAAUGCAUGUAAGGUAAGUUGAAGAAGUGUGCACAGUAGAACCUUACAUAUAGUAGGGCAUUCACUUCUGAAUUGCAAGGGCUUGAAGUUUGUAAUCAUCAAUUAGUACCUACAUCUGGUUAUCUUGCAUAACUACCAUUAGAAACUCUCGUCUACAUCUUUACUCUUUAUUUGGGCACAGAUUCACCACAAGGCAAUUAUGUGAAAAUCACAUUGGGACAAUCUCAAGAGUCUAGUACAUCUUAUAGUCUAGAAAAUAGAUGGUGUAGCAUCUUGAUUUACUUCGUCAGCAUUUUCUUAUUUUAUGCCUGGUUACUUUAUUUGCCUUAAAUAUUAUGUAAAGGGACCUUUUUUUUCUACAUUUUCCUUUUUUUCCCCAUAUGGUUACUUGCAAUUUUCUGGAAAGAACCCUACUCUCUUUAUUUGUUGAUAUCUGUCACUUCUUUCUUGAUUUCCUUGCGGAUUUGAAUUUAUUUUCUCACUAUACUGUCUUUUCUUCGUGAAUGUCUCUUAUACUAUGAUCUUUGAUGAUUAUUAGGCAGCAAGAGAGAUGUUUGAACUUCAAGAGGAAGAGACUCGCGAAAUAAACCGCAUUGGGAAAAUGAUUAAACACAUCAAGUGGCUGGAGCAGCAAGUUCGUGAAAUUCACGAACAACAUAUUAAAGACUCACAGGUCUGGUUUCUCUUCAUUCCAUACGUACCUGCAGCAUAUUUUUUCUUGUGUCUUUUUAGUUUAAUGUGUUAUCCCUUCGUCUUCAAUUUGAUUUCGUUUGAAACGCCUGCAACAUAUUUACUAGAUUUUAUUCUCUUCUCUGAAGGAAACCAGUGGGUAGUAUACUAAUUCUACGUCUCAAUAUCCUAUAAUAUUUUUGACAUCAUAUGAUACGAAUUCAUUUCUUCAUUGAGCAACGACCUGUUCUAUGCAUGGGCGCAAGAAAUAAUAAAUUUUAGUUCUUCACGAGAAAAGGCCAGCACACCAUGUUGGUAGAAUGAAGUUCUUUUUUUUACCAUCCAUUUUCUGUCAUAAAAUUGAAUGUGCUAUUUUGGUAAUUUGAUAUUGAACGCAGUUUAUUUUUUCUCUUCUGUAUAUGCCCUUGGAUUCCAGUUAAUAAAAAAAAUUGUAAAAUGAAAUGGUUUCCAAUUUAUUCCAAUCAGCCAUAUAUUGUAAAUUUAAGAUGACAUAGAUGAUGUAAGAAUCUUCUCCGUACAUCCAAGUAUUGUUUGAUGCGAGAUUGCCGAGAAGAACGAGUAUGAAAGGGAGAGAACAGAAUGUAGUAUCAAUGGUUUGAUCAAUUGGGACGUUUAAGAGUAUCGUGGGUUUUAUGUAGGUUCUUGUUGGUUGGGCAAUUGUGGAGGGCUGCUGAUCCUGGGUCAUUUUCGGCUUGAACCUUACAAUCAGACUUGAAAAUAAGAUGGUCCUAGUCCGAUUCUCGUCGAUGUCUGUCCUGGAUGGUCUAUGCUUUACGUAUGGUUUGGCUUGGAAUCCCAAAAUCAACUUUCUUGUGAUGUGUUUGCUCUACUGUCAACCAUGUGACCAUCUGAUACACUAUCUCUCUUCUACCCCUCACUGACUCCUUUUUUCAGAGACCACGCACUUUCUUCUUAUCCCAGUUGUAAUACCCUUCUCAACCCAAGUAGGUCCAGAUAUCAUGUUUGGCUGCACGCUCUCUAUCUGGCUCUCUCUUCAUCUGGUGCAAAUCGUCACCAACCCGACUGUUCUUUGUACACAAGUUCCGUUUCUCCUCAUGCAAAUUGCAAGUCCCUCCUCUUGAUCCAGUAUGUUCUUCCUCUCGUGUAUCCUCCACCCUCUCCUCCAAUGGCAGUCUUUUCACUAAUCCUGACAGUUACAGACAUGGCAAGAAAGGUUGGGUUGAGACUUCAUAGGGACUCACUUAGAGAAUGAUUUGUGGCCUUUUAUCAGGGCCUGGAUGGGGUUCAGGCAUGUGGGAGACGCCUCAGUCUUGGUCGGGUUUGGCAAGGCCUAUGGAUGGUCUGACCAAUUGAUAACCUUGAUUUUCGUAGUAUUUUUCCAUUUUUCAUUGUUUUAUUAACUGAUGACCUACUCACUAUUCUCCGAGGGUCAUUUCAGAAUGCCCACGAUUGUUUUUCUUGAUUUUCUUUUUUUUUUCAAGUGAAGGCAAAUGACUAUGAAAUUGAAGAUCAGAUAAAAAAUCUCCAGGAUGAGGUGGAUAGAGCUACUUCAUCUAUGUCAAGGUUACUUAAUUUUGCUCCUAUUAAAUAUGCAGACUCGUUUUAAUUAUUUAGUUACCUGGUAAUAUUCUUUUAUUUACAGACUGCAGGAAAAGGAAAAUGAAUUAUCAGAGAAGUUAUUGAUGAUGAAAAAUACUGCAAGGGAUACAAUUAAGGAGGUAUGACUGCUAGUGUGUUUAAUGGUAGGAGGUUGAUGUCCCCCUCAGUAACUCGUUUAAUGAAUUAUAAUAUCAAAUCUGCAUUUUUUUCCUUUUUCAUAGUAGCUUGUCUUGUCGCUAGUGAGCAUUGGAAGUUGUGGUGUGCUUUUCAAUGAUUUCCUUACAGUAGAUUCUUUUAAGUAAAAUUUUUUGUUGCGUACAAUAUGCUUGUCGCUUGUUUAGCUAGCUGAUUUGCGAUGUUAAAGCUGUAGAUAGAAGAAAAUGAGAGGAAGCACCGUAACAUGCUGAAAGAAAUUUCUGAGCUUAAACAAUGCCAGACAAACAAGGUACACUAUGAUUUAUCUACCGUGUCCAUUUUUACUCAUAUAUAUGGUGAUGAUUUGGUUCUUGAUUUUGAUUUUCCUGUACUAGGUGCUAUGACUAUUUGGUCUUUGUUCAUGCUCUUAGAUUUUUUGGGACACCACUUGCGCCUUUUAUUUCAGGUUACAGCUUUUGGAGGAGAAAGGGUUCUUAGGCUUCUUCAGAUGAUUGAGACAAAUGAAAGAAAAUUCAAGAGUGUUCCUAUUGGUCCCAUUGGAGCACAUGUGGUGAGUACAUGCACUGUUACCACAUUCUUCAGUUCACGUAUGCAUAUUUGUCAAAUAUUUCCUGAUUUUUUGUCGGGGAAUUUUUCAGUUCACGUAUGCAGCUUAUCGGUAUUUUUUCUCUUUUCAGUUAUUUUAACCAGUGUACUCUUUAAUUUUUUUGGUGGAAAUACGUACCCUUGGGUAACAUACUCGCGUUGUUGGGUAAUUUGUUUUUUGUUAUGGGAUAAUGAAGAGUUGAUUUCUCAGGACUGGUGCUUGAAAGGUUCAGGGGCAAUUAUUCUUGUUUUUCUCAACUUCUGUUUUUCUUUAAUAAUAAUUUAUACUGGGGUUAUGAAAUUCUGAUUCUUCGAAUAUAUCUUUUCAAAGAAAAUAAAUUUUACGGUUGGUCAUUAGCUUUGUGAAAUCUUUGUUGGUAAAUGCAACGCUGAUAAUUGCUUCAGACGCAUGGUGUGGUGUGUAUGAUGUCGUGCUCAAGUCUUCCACAAUUUUUCAUGGUUUGUGUUGGUGCAGAAUCCUAAAACACUGGCAUAUUCUUGAUGUCAUGUGUCAGGUGGACUUGGUAGAUAAUGGCCUUGAUUGUCUUUUUGUAGUAUCUUAAGGAGGAAUUAUAUUUUAUUGAUUGUCUGAAAAGCUGGUCUGGCAGCGGGACAACCAGGGUAGGUUUUUUAUUCAUUUUGCUGAUAGUGGGGGAAGACCAGUAUACUGUCUCCGUGUGUAGUUGCGUAAUGAUCAAGCCUAGGAGCUUGAAAUAUUGUAAUUUUUUUAUUAAUAGAAUGAGUGUUGAAGCAUAGUUGCGUGAAAGGAAAUCCGAGUAUCCAGCAGAAAAAGGAUGCAAUGACGGGGCUGAACACAGAAAGUAUCGUCCCCUGGAAAUUGAAGCUGCAGAUCAAGGAUGGACGCAUCAUGUUAUCAAGGAUGGGGAAAAUAUCUGCAUGACUCGGAGGUGGCAGUGCCACACCAUCUCAUGUUAAGAAAACCCAACAGUUGGUUGUCUGCUGAAAACACCUUUUGAAGGUCCGUUGUGCUCUUGUUUGAAAAUCAACCUGCUUAAAUCAUGGGAAUCAACACUCAGAUUUUAUUUCAUCGGCAAAGACCAUGCUUCCGUUUUCUCUACGGCUUAUAGCUUCCCCAGAGAAUACCAUGCAUCUCUGCAGGAAACUUGGGUGCUUGACUUAUGCACUCUUGGACAUCUAUGGAAUAUUUAAGGAUGCUUCUUUGUUGCCUGGUUUUAAACUGGACUCCAAAGGAGGUAAUUUGGUCUGCUUCCUAGCUGGCCUGAUGAGACAGUGAUACAACUCUCAAUAACUGUGGUCGUAUCAGAUAGACUCUCUGUCAAAUGUCAAUGGUUGGGGUUGAUAUGCCAGCUUGUUACAAAACGUUACCAAAUACCUGGAUACAUUGCUGUCUCAAACCAACGUCGAGUCGAUCUAUAUGUUGCCAGCUGAUUUCUCAAAGAGUUAUUUCAAUUUCAUUGGACGAUGUUUCCUCUAUAUUUCUUCCCCUUUAGUUUGACUUAUUUCUCUCCCUUAACAAUAUACAAAUCCUGAAAACCUUUGAAUCACCGCAGACAUUAUCAAAUGGUGGGGUCUGGUCAUUGGCCGUUGAAACAGCCAUUGGCAGAUUGCUAGAUGCUUUUAUAGUGACAAAUCACAAGGACUCGCUUCUUUUACGAAGGUGUGCUAAAGAAGCAAAUUACGCCAACAUUCAGAUCAUCAUAUAUGAUUUUGCCAGACCAAGGUUGGGUUUUUACCUUCCAAAGUACGCGUUUUCUUCAAUAAUUGAGUUAAUUGAUUUUGCUACCUUGACAUUUUUUAUUGGUUUCCUUCCAGGUUGAGUAUCCCCAAUCACAUGCUUCCUAAGACAGGCCAUCCAACAGUUCUUUCUGUUCUACAUUGCGACAAUGACACUGUUAUCAACGCUUUGGUGGAUAUGGUCUGUUUAGGACUUUGCUUUACAGAUACUUCAUUCCAUAUUUUUCUCAAUUACGUGAUUUAUAUUAUCUUGAAGUGGUUUAAUCAGUUCCAUGUGAUUCUGCAUUCUUCUUAUGUAUGAUGUUUUUAAUGUGGUUGUUAUGAUUUUUAAGGCGAGCAUAUUGUUUAUUAUGGAUGUUGUCGUAGCUAAUGAAUGAAUGUUAAUCUUGAUGUUGAGCCUUUGCUAUGAGUUGGAACCAUUUGCUGGUUGUACGUAUGAUAUCAUUCGAUCAUGUUACAUUCUUUAACUGCAGCUAAAUGAGCAAAGCUUUACUCUGAAAACGUUUGAUGUGGUACAUAUCUUCAUUUCUUUCCUUCUAGCUGAAUAUAAUGCUGUGAAUCUCAUUUGGAAAGUAAUGUGAGAUGAAAGAGAAGUAAGAUUAUACAUUUGGAGGCUGGAAAAUGCACUGAGGGGGAGGGAGGAAGAGAGAAUGUUUCUUUAUGUGUCUUCGUUGUCCUCCUUUUCCUUUUUUCAUUUUUUUUACCUUUAUAUUUUUGAAACGUUUUAAUGCGCCAUUAUUGAGUUAACUUGGUUUUCCCUAAAUUUACUUAUUUGGUCAUGGACAAGGAUGGGCUUUGUCAAAUUUUUAAUUGAUGACAUCUAAUUGGCAUGCCUAUCCUCAAAUCGAUUUACGUGGUCAUUCUUCAUCCAAUUUUUUUUUGAGAGAUGGCCUUGGCUUAAAUUAGUGAUGAUCAUUUUUGACUUUGUCAUUGCCAAUGUCUUUGGUGAAUCUAUCUACCCAAUUGGCGUUAUAAUUAAUAACAUUUAGAUAUAUUAUUCUUAAAAACAGUCUCUUGAAUUAACUUUUAUUUGAUCCAUGAUUACCUCCUGUAUUUUCGUCAUACUUGGAGCUCGUAUGAAUAUGCAUAGUAGAGGGAAUCUCAAAUGAAAACUUCUCAACGAUGUCUCCAAUAAUGCAGUUCUAGUAUCUUGGGCACAUGACUUGGCUUUGUUUGAACUCACACACACACACACACACACACACACACACAGGGUCGUGUCAGCAAUAUAGCUAGCGGCACUAUUAUGCUUGGGUAUUGUUUGGGAUUUCUAGUGUUGUGGAUAGAAAUAUAAUUUAUUUCAUGUAAUUGAAAUGUCUUUCUAAUUCUGGUCAAUGUAUUUAAUCCGAAAAACUUGUUUGUAUGCUUAACUUAAUGUUGGGUGAUAAGAAUAAUUUUCUUGGUCGUCUAAACUAUCCAUGAUUUGGGAAUAUCUUAAUUAAGAAAUUAGACUAUUGGUCUUACUUUUAUGAAGAGACUUGGAUGGAUCAUAUAGUCAUAUUUUUCUAACACUAUAUAGUGUAUUGAGAUAUAAUAUGCCUGUCAAUUGUCUUAGCCAACUCUCGUUAAUAGAGAAAUUAUCUGUAAACUCAUGGGCAAUGCAUAAAAUUCGUUCUUCCAAACAUUUCACAUAAAAGGGGCAUAGUUCUUUCAAUCAUUACAAGACUAUAACCAUGCACUUGAUGUUCCAAUAGGUCGCAAUUUACACGAUUCAAUGCAAAUUUCAACUCUAUUGAAAAUGUUUACCCUAUUGCGAACCUUGGAACUAGUUCGCACAAUAUAAUUUCAAUUUUCAAUAUUUUCCAUUGAUAGUUAAUGCCACAUUGGCCAGGCUUGCUUUUUGAGAAGUGAAACAAAAGAAGGGUUCUGAUACGAUCCUCUUUGGAGGGAUCGGAUUGGACAAGUCAUAGAAAGGAAAUCAGUGAUGUAGAUUCAACAACUUGGACGGUACAGUGUUGAUAGAGCGUCAGAAUGACGGUUCUAUCGAAAUAGACGAAAAGGAGAGAAGUGGAAUGGGGAUGGGAUUUAAGAGGAUCCCCAGCUUCUCCAGGUUUAGACUCUUCCUCCCUUAUUCUGUUUCGCUGAGCGCUAUUUAUAGUUCUCGGUUGAACUCGUCUGAGACUUCCGAUUUAUGGAAAUCUCGUGAAGUUUCUCCCACGUGAUGCACGCGUGUCUUCCCCUUCUGCUUUAUAUAUGUUAUUAGUGGGGACGUGCCAGGUUCUUACAAUCUAUCUGAUAGAAGCUGGCGGCGGUCUGUCAAUGUUCUGUCAACCCAAAUCUGUUGUUUCCAUGUAUGCAAAGUAAUUCAUUUCCAGAACGGCAUGCAAGGUUGGCAGUGCACUGAACAUUACCUAUUACUGCGGCCAUUCAUAGUUUUAAAAAUCAUCCAGUCUAAAUUGAGAUUGAAUUCUAAUUGAAGACUGUUUGCGAAUUCAUUUUAUUUUCACUAAUUAAGGCCCAAUUAUCAAUUACAGUGCACCCCCCAAGUGAAUCAUAUUCUGCAUGGAACAAAGAAAAUGUUCCCUGGAAGACGAAUGGGAAUCCUGUGAAUAGUUCUUGCAGAAAGAAAUUUGAUGCAAGAUUAAUAUCCUGUGAAGCAGUUGCCGAAUCAUUUUCAGCUAUUUUGUUAAAAACGUCACUUAAAAUGCUCUAUGGCCUCUCACUCCUGGUCUUCUCCUAACUUGAAAAGUUUGGAUGGUUAUGUUUGCAUUAAAAUUUUCUCUUCCUUUUCAUCAUAAAAUGUUUGACUAUAAUUUGCUUUGUUUUUUGUCUUAAGGCAAGCGUUGAAAGACUAGUUCUUGUCGAAGAUUAUGACACUGGGAAAUCUGUAGCAUUUGAACAGAGACCUCAAAAUCUUAAGGAUAUAUAUACUUCUGAUGGAUUUAGAAUGUAAGUUAAUCCAAAACUAUCAUUAUACUAUCUAUAGCGAUUUGCAUCGUAAAGUUAACCUUUGAUUAAAAUACUUGACAUCUGGCGUUUCUUGCUCUAAUCUUCUGCAAAUUUUACAAUGUAGGCAAAAGCAUCUUUUUAUGGUUCCCUUGUCAUGAUUAUAUUAAACAUAAUUGACAGUCUUAGAGCCGCCUAUAUGUUCUAUUUAAGUUCUGCUUAUCUUGGAUUGUCAUUCUUGUGUAGGAUUUACUAAUAUUAUGGUUUCUCUAUCGACACUUAAUAUAUUCAGUGAGAGAGUCUUGUCUGACACUUUACCCAGUACAAUAUGAAAGUUAAGGAUGGACUGAUACAGAUGCUAAUGUUAGUAGUUAUGCAAAUACUCCGAGUGUGCUUCUUAUUUUUGAAUUUUAAUACAAUUUCGAGACUAGAUAGAAUGGCUGGAGUUGAAAGAUAGAAUGGCUUAUCCAUUAUUCAGAUAUUUUUCAGAGACCUGAAAGCAAAAAUUCCUAAGUUAAUUGUUAAGUUCCAACAAAUCUUCCCAUUUGAAGUAAAAGUUCUGCCUUCCCUUUUCUUUUUUUUGAUGUCAUCGUUAUGAAUAGCAUUUCUUCCUUCUACUACAUAACUUUAUUGUAUACACUAUUCUGCAUAUGCACCACCACCCAGAUGUAGUCCUGCACCUGACAGCAACUGCAUCUUGAAAAACGGUUAGACUGCAUCUCGUUGACUUUAUAUCCAUAUUAUAUCGUUCCUUUUGGCUUAAGGAACAGAAUUAACUAAUUAACGACGGCUCUGGUAAUAGUAUACUUCAUCUGUCACUCAGUACCAGAAGUCUGGAACUAAUUAAGCAUGUAAUAGUAUACUUCAUCGGUAUCCACAGGUUCUUAAGGGGCCCUGUCCAAACUAUUCUUCCUCCAAACAAGCGGGCCAGAGCUGGGAGGCUAUGCAGUUCAGUUGGCGACCAAAUUUCAAGAUAUGAGAAAGAGGCCAUGAAUGUAGAAGAGGUUAUUCAUCAUGGAAAAGUUAGAAAAAGGGACUUUGACGCACAGGUUCAGAAAUCCGAACGUGAACUUCAGAAUAUUAAGGUAAACGGUAAACAACGAAGGGGCCUACUGUAUUCUUUCUAAAUGGCAUCUUUUAUUUCAUUUCAGAGACAUUAAUGGAAAUGCUGAAUGAUGCCGUUUUAAUUCUUUGUUUCAUUCUAGAGGCAACGUGUUGACAUUGAACGCUCGGUCAUGUCUAAGCGUCUUACUUUGCUAGAUUUGAAGAAUAGUUUUGCCGCAGAACAUAAUACCGAUCCAAUGUCAAGUGCCAAUGAACUUCAGCUGGAAAUUUCAGUAUGUUAUAAUUGCCUUGUCUUAUUGAUCUCUUUUUUAAAUUGUGUCUAACUUUUCGUUUCCAACAUUUACAGAAAGUAAAACAAGAAGUUCAAGAAAAGGAGGCUUCAUUACAGGAUGUCAAAACGAAAAGGAUGAAUGCAGAAGAGAAGGCCAAAGGUCUAAAGUUAUCUCACGAGAAGUUACGUGGUAAGAAUUUUUCGUUUUGCCUGUUGGCUUACAUUGUUCUUCAAUUUGUACUAUCCAAUUUUUUCUAUCACAUGGUAUCAUUUUUUUAGAAUGAUUAAUUUAGUGCAGACCUAUUAUCCUUGAAAAAAUCUUUCAUAAGUCAAGUUUCUUUAGAUCUAUGACUGGGAAUAACUGGGAAUCUAAAUUGAGGAAAGAUCUUUGUUUCUGUCACUCAUUAAAGUGUUCGAGAGUUAUGGUGAGGAAAUCAGGUUUGGAUGGGAUCCCCCUUUCUCGUUUUUGGUGUUUCUGAGUCUUGUGGAUCCAAUAGUCCGAAAAUCUGAAUUUAUCGUCGUCUGAUUAUAUUGAAUUAUCACCAAAAUGGAUAACCAGAUACACCUGAGUUUGGCUGCAAAACCUUGUGGAGAAACCUGAGGUAAAACCCAAGUUAACAAUGAUAACUAGCCUAUAAAUUGACAUAAUAGUCAUGAAAUGUUCCAAAGUGGAAUUGCAUUUGCAUCUUAAUACAGGACAGUUCAUCGCUCAGCAUCUGAUUCAGAAUGUCAUUGUUCACCAGAGCAAGCUUCUUUUGCGCCUUAAUAUCUCCUUCGUUACACUCUUUACUUCAUUUAAGUGAUGCAGAUAGAAUGUCUUUGUGGCAGAAUUCGAGGUACUGGAUUGGCUUCAUGCUACAACAAUUUCAUAGGCAUAAUAGUGCUGGAGUUCUUUGAGGGAUUGGACGAAACUAAUUGACUAGAAUAGGCUGUAUUAAGGGAAGCAGUAUGAUGAAACUCUUGGUUAAGACGAUCCAAUAUUAGCGAUUUACAUUUCCAGCCAUUUAUCAGCUGGAUCCUAAUGAAUACAUUGUCUAUCACAGGCAUGAGAUAAAUGUAAAAUAAAGGUAAUUGUAACAUUAUGAAAGCAUUGCAAAAUUGUAUUGCCUUUGUCUGUCUAAAAAUGCAAAGUCAUCAUGAUAGUUUAGUAAUAUGUUGAAUACUUGAGGUCAUAUUCCUUUUUAUAAACUCGACUCUUUGAGUAUUGGAAGACAGUCGCCAUGUUUGUCUGGUUCGUUGUGGUUUUGUGUAAAAUAUUUAGUCCAAUAUUGCUUAGCUUACGCCAAUGAAACCGAGCAAAGAUAAGAUGAGCUCUUCACUUUGGAAAUGAGAAAGGAAAAGUGCCUGCAUCUCAUUAAAUCGUUGAAAGUUGGAGGGAUUUUUCAGUCUCUUUGAAGGCUCAUAUCAAUUUAUUUUUGGCUGAGUCAUUGGGAUAACCUGUCAAUGUAAAAGAUGCAUGAUGGACUUUGGGGAUGGAGGGAAAGACUGCGACUAUAGUAGAUAGAGCUUGACCUUUGUUUACUAUAACAUAGAUGGAGAGGAGUUGCUGCCUUUAUGAUAUCACACUGAUAUUGACCAAAUGUUCCGAGUUGGUGUUGGAUCCGAUUAGAAAGAUUCCGGGAGGAGGCAUAUCUGCCUGAUACUAUCAUUGGUUACCAAAGUCCAUAGGAUUUCUGACUAUACCAAGGGCAAAGGGGCAGUUUUGUCGAUCACCCAUGGCGGGCACAUGAUGGGAUUUCCAAUUGAGAAUAAAAAUCGAAGAAUGAAGAACUGGAUGUAGGAUUUCCUCUUGAAGUAAUACUCUUUUAAAACAUGAAAUCUCACAACUCGAUAAAUCCUGACAUGCUUAUUGAUUGGCACCCUGGAAAAUUUUGAGUGAUACAAGUUGAUUAAGUUAUAAGAAAUGGUUAGAGUCACAACCUUCUUUUUAAAUAAAAAUUUACUGCCCAAACUAUUGUAAUUUAUUUGGUAAUGCCUUUAAUGCAUCUUUAUAUAUAAUUAAAAUUUCUAAGAUGCGGUUUUUUAUGACAUGAAUCAUACUUUUCUUUCUGGAACCCACCCACGUUUUGGCCAAUCUGAUACAGACCCUGAUCAGAUUGGUUCCUAGCCCCUUAGGAAACCAGUAUGAUUUGGAAGUCCAUGUUAUUCAUUUGCUCUUUUUUUUUGACAUAUUUAUGAAGUGGCAAUUUUUGUAGAUUUUCUGUUGGAGGCUCUUGACCAUUCCCUUUAAGGCAUCAUUUUUCUUCUUUAUAGAAGCUGGACAGUAAAUUAGUCAAAAAAAUGUGAUUACAUAAGAGAGCUAUAAUUUAUAUACCGCCAAAAUGUAUUUGUCCAUGAUUUCGUCCGUACGUGGCCCAAAAGAGAGUAAGGAAUGAAAAAAGAGCUUGAAAUAACAUUCAACAAUGUGAUCUAUACAAAUCACCUGUGAAUAACUCACAGCCAUGGGGAAACAAUCGUUAUGAUCGCUCUUUUCUCUGCCAUGUUAUGAGAAUAGGAAUUAUUUUAUUGAUUAAAUUUGGUGUGUGAAAUUUUUGGCUGCAAUCUUUCCUAAUGUUCUGUAUGAUGAAACUUCAGAGUCAACAAAGGAGGAAAUUCAAGCUAUUGAGGAAGCAGAAAAAGAUUUGUUGGUAAUUGAGGAAAGAUUGCAUUCGGCUGAAAGAGUAUGGCACAUUCAUCUUCGUUGUCAUGUUUCACUUUCCUGUCUUAACAACUGAUGUUUUUGAAUUCUUUUCGCAGGAGAAAUCUCAUUACGAACGGAUCAUGGAUGAAAAAGUUCUUUCUGAUAUAAAAGAAGCGGAGUCACUUUCUCAGAAGCUUCAUCUUGAACGCCAAGUAUGUUUUUCAUUUGUAGCCUUUGUACUAUCCCUCCAUUGGUAAUGGUUUACUGAGCUUCGUGGUGUUGUUGCUUGUUUCACGUCUAAUGCCUGAGCCAUCAUCUUUGAGUCAUGGAUCAGUUUAUUUCUACAGUUUCCCUCAAGCCAGUACCUGUCUUCUUCAAGUCUCUCUCCCUUUGUCUUCCACCCGCAUGUUAUUCUUCUCACAUACAAUACCAGAUGCUGUUCCUACGUUACCCUCUUUUCUUCGAUUCUUCCUCCUCUUUGUUGCUGCAAACCUCGUUACGAGGACGGACACUCAAUGAUGCAACUUUACCCUAUUCUUGUUGAUAGAAAAGAUAUCCGAAGGAGACAGCGAGGAGACAACAGCCAGCCAAAAAGAUGGCGACGUUGGCUCCCCCUUCAGUCUAUUUAUAGAUAGGGCAAACCCGAGAAAGAUUACACGAAAAAAAACUCCUGUUACAGGGGCGAUAGGGAUAAAAUCACAAAUCCCCUCCUAUAUCAGCAGAGCCAUCGCUUGUUUCAGGAGCUGCCGCAACAUCUUGUCUUCAUUGAUGACCAUAAAAAUAUUAGCUUGAUUUUGAAAAGAAAAAAUGCCUUCAUUAAAUACCACUUUCUACUCUUGAUUUGUUUUCGCCCUUUUUAACCCAAUAAGUCGCUUUACCUUUUCUAUAAGACCUCAUAUUCUGCUCUCAAAUCUGCUGAUAUGAAUUUAUCACCGCACUGAUAUGGAAGGUUAGCGUACAUAUGCUGGCUGACAUUUACGUCAGAAUGAAAACUGUUGCAACCGGAUCUAUCUUCCCUACUUGAAAACACAUCCCCGAACGUCCUGGUGGUUCGUUGGUUGCAAUUUCUUGAUCAGCGUGGUAGUGAUAGUUGUAGCUUGUUUUUAAUGUGUCCGUGAGUUUGAUACUGAAAUUGAUGUAAAUCAUGCAUUAUGGUCCCAACCUUUUAAAACUUUGGAAUGUACCUAUUACAUUCAUUUUUGUAUUCUCAGGAGAACUUUGAGAAGGCAUCCAAGAUUUGCUCAGAGGCAGAAAUGGAAUCUGUGGGAGGUUGCUCUGGAAUCAGUUCAGAACAACUUAGCGUACAGCUAAAGAGAAUAGAUCAGAGACUAAGACAUGAGAGGCAGAGGUUGCUAUCCAUGGGAGCAAACUGAACUAUUUAUUUUCGUUAUUGAACUAUUUAUCCUAGCCGAUUUCAUUUCUGAAUUUAUCUUGUAGGUUUUCUGAAUCUAUCGAUGAUCUCAGAGCAACAUAUCAGAGAAAGGAACAGAAAAUCUUAAAAAAGAAACAAACCUACGAAGCUUUUCGUGAAAAGUUGCAUGUACGUAUCUAUUUUUAAGAAAUUUUCGUACAAAGUCGAAGUAUAGCAUAUUUUUUCUUUCUCAAAGCUCCUCAAUCUAACAUUUCUGGUCAGGAAUAUUGUUGCUAACAUCCCUGAUUGCAACCAAAAGUUUGAAUGGCGGAAAUCUGAGCUUGCAACAAAUGAAGCUGAUACUCGUUAUGAACUUAAAUGAACUUAGCUUCAACACGCAUCCAUGCAUGCAUGCAUGCACGCACAGUUCCAGUUUUAUUUAUAGAUACAUAGACUCAAGCUUUAAUUAGCAUACUACCUUUUGGGAGUUUUACUUUCGUGGUUCAUCGAUUCAAACUCUAAACAUUAUCCUGCAGAUAAUUUUUAACUGGUCGCGUUUCUGUGUGAGGCAACUAUUCUUUGAGAUUUGAUAGGUUUCCUUUUAGCCAAGUUCGGUGGAGAGAGGAUCCCUGCUUUAUUUUAUAGUGGUUCCUGUCCAACUGCAUAUGGUGCACGAAGUAUCUGUCAUGUGAGUCAAUGCCGAGACAGAUUUGUGUUGCUGACCACAGAUUGACGAGGCUUGUCAAUAACUUGUCACUGAUAUGAUUUUAUGUAGAUAUGUUAAGAUAACAAAGGAAGCAAUCAUAUUCUUCUUAUGGCAAAGUUUGUCACACUCAAUGGAAACCCAUCAAGUUGGAUAGGAAGUGUUUUUUUAUUUUUUUGCCUUUUACUGACGAUCAUAUUCUCUGGCAGUUUAAUCUCUUCUUGACUCGAUUUCCAUGAAAAUUGUGCAGGCAUGCCAGAAAGCACUCGAUUUACGUUGGAACAAGUUCCAGAGAAACGCCACUCUUCUGAAGCGUCAGUUGACUUGGCAGUAUGCUCAGCUCCUCCUACACCGAUUAUCAUGUUUGGUGAAUUUCUUAGUUGACCUCUUUCUUCCCCUUCACAGGUUUAACAGCCAUUUGAGGAAGAAAGGAAUCAGUGGGCAUGUCAAAGUUGACUACGAGACCAGAACCCUGUCCGUGGAGGUGAAGAUGCCUCAAGAUGCAUCAGGCAACGUUGUCCGUGACACAAGGGGUCUCUCAGGUUGACUUGGCAGUAUGCCGCUUUCUUCCCGGCAAUUAUAUCCGCAUAUAUGUUGCCGAUGGAUUUUCUCGCGUCUUAUCAGGUGGUGAGCGUUCUUUCUCCACGUUGUGCUUCGCGCUGGCCCUCCACGAGAUGACGGAGGCGCCGUUCCGCGCCAUGGACGAGUUCGACGUGUUCAUGGUGAGCCCAUCAAACCCCUCUUCGUGCUUCGGAAUGCACGGUAGCGCUGACCUCGAUCUCUCCGCGUCAGGACGCCGUGAGCCGGAAGAUCAGCUUGGACACCCUCGUGGAGUUCGCCGUGGCGCAGGGCUCGCAGUGGAUCUUCAUCACUCCCCAUGACAUCAGGUCGGCAGCGGUCACCCUUCUCCUGCGAUUCUUGUGCCUGGUUUUUCGCUUGCCGUCCCUCAGGCUUCUUCUUCCCGUUCUCGUGGGGUUGCAGCAUGGUGAAGAACGGGGACAGGAUCAGGAAGCAGCAGAUGGCAGCUCCUCGAGGUUAA